UUCAUGUUUUAUUGUAUAUUUUUAUGUAACAACUCAUUUUUAAACCCCCCUGUCGGGUUGUUUUCUGUGAUGUUUAUGAGUGUAAUUUUUAUUUUUUUGAUAAAAUCUGUCCAAAUAGGAUCGGAAAUUUUUUUUAUUUUUCAAAAAUCCACGCAAAAAUCCAACGCUUUUUAAUAAGAAUUUAACUUUGUUUUUUUAUUUUUUUCAGAUAAUAUAAAAAAUUCUAAUAAUACCAUACAAUAUUCUAACAAUUUUUAUCAGUUUAGAUUUCUCACUUACAAAUAUUCGAAAUCAUUAUAUUUAUCAGUCAAAGAAUUUUUAAAAAUUAAUUUCGAAAAAAUUAAACCAUCUUUAAACAAAAAUUAAAAAAAAAUAAAUUUCAAUUUAAUUUUGAUUCUCCGGAAACAGAAUAUUGAAGGCCUGGAUAUAGUUUGUAAUAUAGAUGAAAUUAAUUUGUUUUUCCAAUUCCUCCUCUAUAAGCUCAAUUUCUUCUUUCAUUGUAGGUGGUAAAAAAUAUUAAUGUUGUGUCUUAUUGCUGCAUUUACCUUUGCCUCCGCCCCGCCAACCCAUAUAACCCUGCCGUUUUCAUCAAUUUCACCAAGAAAUGAAUAUCCUCAAGAAAAUAUGUUCACAAGUUAAAAAUUUGGCAGCCCCUUUCGGCCAAAAGCCAAUACUCAACUUCAAAGCAUUUUGAUUCCUUAUGUACAUCUCAGCGGCGAUCGCCGAGUCGAUCAAUGUUUCCGAGCAAUUACCAAUAGCAACACAAAAAGCGAUGAAAGUGCCGCAAAAGAUGAGGAGGAACAAAUAGGAGGCAUACUUGUUCAACAAGUUUAUAAAGAUGAUGUUACUGGAGAUGAAGAAAAUAACAUGGAAGUACCAGAGAAUAGCAUGGAAGUGUCUGGACCUUCGAAUGUAAAAUCCUCUGGUACUUC